UUUGCUUGAGUUGGCAACAACAUUUUUGAUCGGGUAUUUUGAAAUAAAAAUUAUAAUAUUCAACAUGCUAACACCGAGUUUGUUAAGAAUUAUAUUAGUUAUUGUCAAAUUAUUUGUUGAUUGGAAAUUCUGUGAAGCAGGGCUACGUAUAAUUGGAGGUAGAAAUGCACUAAAAGACGAGUUCCCUUUUGCUGUUCGGUUGGAAAUUCAACUGCCGGAAACCAGAAAUGGCACUGAAUACUUCGAGUACCACCAAUUUUGCACAGGAACUGCGUUAUCUCCAUCUUGGAUACUUACCGCAGCACAUUGUUACACCGAAGGAAAAAAAUUCGCAAGAUACAAUAGUUAUUUUCCAGAAGAACUAGGACAUUUAAGUCCCAUAACUAAAGUGAUUGCUCAUCCAAGUUUUAUAUUCGACGAAUUCAGUUCUAUUACAAGAGUGAAGUACGACCUUGCGCUGUAUCAAACUGAAAAGUUAAAAAUUAGUUCUUAUGGAAAGAUUAGCGCAAUCGACUAUACUACUUUUGUAGGACACGAAGUUUUUGUACUUGGUUUCGGUAUUACUAAUGCAUCUGCGUUAGAAAAGCCUUUGCAAGUAUUGAAGGGAAUUUUAAUAAACUGUGAUGAAAGGAUAAGUCAAGGCUUAAUUGGUAUGUUAUGUAUAGUACCUCAAUGUGGUUUGGAAGCGUCAGUGUGCCCAGGAGAUUCAGGUGGUCCAGCAGUUCAUGCAUCAGGAAUUGUUGGAGUCCAUUCAAUUACUUAUACACUAUGUGAACGAUUUGACCAUGGAUUAUUAAGACCCGGUCUCCCGUCAGAUAUAAUUACUAUGGUCAGUCCAGUUGUUGAUUGGAUAUCGAAAAUAGUUGCCAAUGAAACUGAUAAUAGUCCGUAAAUAUUAUAAAUUAACCGUGAAAAUAUAGUCUUUAACAGGGCUCUCUCCGUC